UCAAUGGAUAAAUAUUGACUAUAUUGUCCAAAAAAAAUAUGAACGUCCUCCUCCUCUCUCUCAGUUCUUUAUUGUAGCGCAGUCCACGUUCUCAAGCAGCUUCUGAGGGUACCAAAAUGUUAAUUGUUAUCUUCCCUUGAAAGUUGCUUUACUCUAUAUUUGGGCUCUGACUUUAUACAACAAUCACAUUGCUGAUUGUCUUCUGCACUCUGUAUAAUCUCUAAGAGUUCAUCCAUGACUGCAAUUGUAACAGUACCAAUUGCUACAAGAUCCUUACUCUCUUACCGUCAUUGCUUCUCUCUCCUCCCACUGUGCCCCACUAAUGGAAUCUCAACUAUUGCCCCCAAUUCCUCAUUCUCUCUUCUCAAAGGCCGCCCUGUCCAAACCCUAGCAUCCCGAUCUCCUGAACUCACUGCCAUCACCCCCAAGGACUGGCAACUAAGCCGAAAUGUGGUCGAUAUUCUCGAACAAAGAGGCCUUAUUGAAUCAAUCACCAGUGAAAAUCUCCGCUCUGCUUGUUCCUUGAAGGAUAAUCAUCCGCCAUUGAAGGUCUACUGUGGCUUCGACCCAACAGCGGAGAGUCUGCAUUUGGGGAAUUUAAUUGGCAUAAUUGUCCUAUCUUGGUUCCAGAGAUGCGGCCACAAACCAGUUGCUGUACUUGGUGGUGCCACUGGCCGUGUUGGAGACCCGUCAGGGAAGUCCAGUGAAAGGCCAGAUUUGGAUGAUGUAACCCUAGAAAAGAAUAUUAGAGGUAUUAAAUCUAUUUUGAAUAAGAUUUUGAGUAGAUUUGGUGAUGAUAAAUUUGUGAUUUUGAAUAAUUUUGAUUGGUGGAAGGGUGUUAGUUUCCUUGAUUUUCUGAAAAAUGUGGGGAGGAAUGCUAGAGUUGGUGUUAUGAUGUCAAAAGAGAGUGUUAAAAAGAGAUUAGAAUCGGAGCAAGGGAUGAGCUUUACUGAAUUUAGUUACCAGUUAUUGCAGGGGUAUGAUUUUCUUCAUCUUUACAAGAAUGAGGGAAUUUCUGUCCAAAUUGGUGGUAGUGAUCAAUGGGGGAAUAUAACCGCAGGGACCGAGUUGAUUAGGAAGAUUAUGGCUGUAGAAGGAGCAUAUGGGCUUACAUUUCCUCUUCUUUUGAAGAGUGAUGGGUCAAAAUUUGGGAAAUCGGAGGAAGGGGCUAUUUGGUUAUCUCCUGCAUUGCUAUCCCCUUACAAGUUUUAUCAAUAUUUCUUCACGGUUCCUGAUUCUGAUGUGGUGAGGUUUUUGAGAAUAUCGACUUUCCUUGAAAUGGAGGAGAUAGCAGAAAUUGAGAGUGAGAUGAAGAGACCAGGAUAUGUGCCAAAUUCAGCUCAGAGAAGGCUUGCGGAAGAACUAACACGAUUUGUCCAUGGGGAAGAAGGUUUGAAAGAGGCUAUUAAGGCAACUGAGGCAUUGAGGCCUGGUGCUGAGACUAAAUUGGACUGGAAGACAAUUGAAGGGAUUGCUGAAGAUGUGCCCUCCUGUUCAUUAGCUUACAAUGAAAUCUUAAAUCUUUCUAUUGUUGAUCUCUCGGUUUUGUCAGGGUUGCUUGAAAGUAAGUCUGCUGUACGUCGUAUGAUGAAGCAAGGGGGACUUUAUCUGAAUAACAGCCGAGUUGAUAGUGAGAGUAAGAGGAUUGAGGCUGAUGAUAUUGUGGAUGGGAAAGUUCUCUUGCUAUCUGCUGGGAAGAAAAACAAGAUGGUUGUGAGGGUGUCUUGAUUGCUUCAAUUUCAGGGCAAUCUAAUUUCAGUUACAGGUAUAUGUUCAUCUUGUUUAAUUAUUUUGUAGAGGAACUUGGAGGACAGUUCGUGGAAUUCAUAGGCAUUCAUUCUUAUCACCAAGUUGAGAUAAUGAUGAGCAUUUUUCAUGUGAUUUCCAUUUUCAAUAUAUGUUUAACAUUUCUGUCAAUUCUUUUUGUACUCGUGUUUAAUUUGUACGAGUAUAUGUAAGAGGGUAAUUUAAUGUUUGUCAAUCGUCAUAGAAUCAGGAUUUACGACUGCGAGAGUAAUGAACUAUAGAAGUAAGAAGUGUAAGAAUAAUUUUCUGAAAGACAAAUUUCUGAUUAAAGUGGCAAA